AUGUCAUUGUCGAUAGACCAAGCAAUUAAUUUUUGUGUUCGUGUUGCUGUCGCUACGGUCGCAUCGAUCGUUAUCAUGAAACUCGCGGUUAAAUACAUUGACCCCAAUCAUGUCAUCAACAAAAAUGCUAAAAAGAAGGCUGCUCAAGUAAUGAAGACGUUAGGCUUAGACCCAUCAGUAGAACUUAAUGAACACGAACUGCGUAUAGCUACACAACUCGUUCACUGUGGUCAGGGUUCAGAUUGGUGCGAUAUUGGUGGCUGUGGUGCACUUAUUGAGGAAAUUAAUGAUCGGAUAAUUAUCCCACUAAAAAUUCGCAAUGUCUAUAAGAAAUUUGCACUGUCAUCGAAUCUUUUUUCUCCGCCUAAAGGGGUGCUUUUAUACGGUCCACCAGGUUGUGGUAAAACUUUACUUGCAAAAAUUAUCGCACGUGCAGCAAAUGCUCGUUUCAUUAAUUUGCAAGUGUCAUCGCUAUGCGAUAAAUGGUACGGUGAAUCACAGAAGCUUGCCGAUGCAGUUUUCUCCGUGGCACAGAAGUUCCAGCCUACGAUCAUCUUCAUUGAUGAAAUAGAUUCGUUUUUAAGAGAUCGAAACACCCAAGACCACGAAGCCACUGCUAUGAUGAAGGCACAGUUCAUGUGCUUGUGGGAUGGUUUUGCUUCAUCAGACGAUGCAAUCAUCGUGCUCGGAGCAACCAAUAGACCAAACGAUGUUGACAGUGCCAUCUUACGACGAAUGCCUGCACGAUUCUAUGUUCCUUUACCAAGUUUAGAAUCUCGAGCAGAUAUCUUAAAAGUUUUGCUGAGGGAUCAACCGGUAAUGCCAGAAAUCAAUUUUGAAAGAAUAGCGGAAUACGCCACCGAACUAAGCGGAUCUGACUUGAAAGAAGUAUGUCGAUUGGCUGUUUUAUCGCGAGUCAAAGAUGCAUUUAUCAAAGGAAAGGACUUAAAUAAUGAAGCUACGCGAAUGAUUCGUGAAAGUGACAUAAUACAAUCAGUAAUGAAGUAUAAACAGACGAUACAGGUUUCCGGUGCAAUACCAAUUUUCGAACCUCUUGAUUAA